CAAUUUAAAAAGCGGCCGUGCAGCCAAUUUUUUUCGCAGCGCGGCCGCCCGGAAACCCUUUUUCUCCCAAGAUCGCGGCCGCGACGGCCCUCUUCUCCUCAUCCCUGAUGGCGUCGGGCUCCUCUCCAGCUCGCAUUGAUCAGUUUUUUGCUUCAAGAAAGAGAAAAUCUCCGGUACUGCAAGAUGAGAAGAAGUCUGAUAAAGAUCCCAAAAGGCCACUCGAUGGAUCUACGAGUGCCACAUGCAAUCUUGAUAGCCAUCUCGUCAAGUCUCCCGAUGGCAUGGCCUUGUCGAUGCAUGAUUCCGUCGGAAGAAAUAUGUUGUCUGAGAUCAGCUUGCCAUCUGAUGUGGCGAAGAAGCCCAUCUUGACCACAUGUUCCUCAAGAAGUGGCGAUCCAUCGAACAAUGUUGAAGGCCUGUCCGGGGUUCGAAUAGGAGUGCCGGAUGAGGCAUCAGCUGAUGUUAUUGGGUCUGGAGAGCAAGGUCACGCCCUUAAGGGCCCAUGUGAUGUUCGUAUCACGAAUCAAGAUCCUUCAAAGGAGGCAUUAGUUUCUUGCUCUGGCAGACGGAAUUCAGAGUUCAAGAGGUUUGCAAGUGAUUUUCUUUCUCUGUAUUGUAGUGAUCUCCCAACUGCUGUGAAUGUUCCUGUGGAAGAGGAGUUGGAGGUUCAAAAGAGAAACAGCAGCCUAUCUCUCUUAGUUGCAUGCAAUAAAACUUGUGUAAAGAAGCGACUCAUCAUAGAUCAGAGCAGUCCGCCCCUAAAAUCUUCCAAGUUUGAGUCAAGCUCUAAGCCUGAGGAUGUCGUCCGUUUUGAGGAUCUUGAUGGUUCAUGUGGUAAGCCCAAUGGGGAAAGUGAUGGUGAAGGUGCAAGCUUGAGAAGAUGCAGUAAGACUCCUAAUUCUAGCUUAAUGAAGACAAGAUUAUGCAUGCCUGAUUUGUCAGCAAAUGUCUUGGGUGCCGGUGAGACCCCUAGAUGUACAUCCAGGAGUUCCAUGUUGUCACCAGGAGAUGAGUUUUGGAAUGAAGCUAUUCAAGUUGCUGAUGUUUUACUUGCUCCAGUUGAUAAGUUACCUGAAAGCCCGUGUUUUUUAAGAAGUCGAGGGUCUGGGGAUAAGUUAUUGCAGGACAAAUCAUCUUGUGCAGUCCCUGAGGGUGAUAAAUGUUUUUCUAAAUUGGAUUGUGAUGAUUUGGCUGCCAGACAUGUGGUACUGAAAGGUUGUGUGAAGCCAGUAGAGAAGCCUAUUGAAGCACCAAAAACAUCUCUGUCAGGUAGUCAGCAAAAUGAAGUAUCCCCGUUGCCUGUGAAGCAUUUUGACUUCUCUCACGAGGAGGACAAUUUAGAUCACCAUGAUGUGGAUAUAGAUGAAGCUGGUUUUCAUGCAGGGAGUGGACAUGCGAAUAGCCGUUCUACGAAGCAGAAAUGUCUAAUGACCUCAGACAUUCCAAAUCAUUGGGAAGAUUUGGAAAAAAGGGCAUCUUUCAAAGAAAAACCUAAAUCUUCUAUAAAUAUGUCACCUGAUAUGUGCCCUUGUGAUUCAUCUUAUCCAACUAGAAAUUUGCCUCAAAUUGUGGAGAAUGGUUCUGAUUUAACUGUACAUGAACGGAACGGUGGUUUGCUGAUUCAAGUGAACGGAUCCAAGCAUAUGCACAAUGACAAAAAAUUAUCUAGUGGUCUGCCACUACCUGGUUGUGAUGCUUAUGAUAUGGAGAAAGAAACCCUGAGUAGAUCAAUUGUUCAUGGCCGUUAUGAAAAAGCCACAACUCCAUCCAGUUCUAUGCUAUUGAAUGAUCGUUUGAGGCUUACCAAUUGGCUUCCUUCUGAAGUAUGCAGUGUAUACAUGAAGAAAGGCAUAUCAAAACUUUACCCCUGGCAGGUGGAAUGCCUCCUUGUUGAUGGCGUCCUGGGGAAAAGAAAUCUAGUCUAUUGUGCAUCGACCAGUGCUGGUAAAAGUUUUGUAGCUGAGAUUUUGAUGCUGAGGCAGGUUAUAUCAACCGGGAAAAUGGCUCUGCUCGUACUUCCUUAUGUGUCAAUUUGUGCUGAAAAGGCUGAACACCUGGAACUACUUCUUGAGCCACUUGGCAAGCAUGUUCGCAGUUUUUAUGGAAAUCAGGGUGGUGCAUCACUUCCAAAAGAUACUUCGGUAGCUGUAUGUACAAUAGAGAAGGCAAACUCUUUAAUUAACAGAUUGUUAGAAGAAGGUCGCCUUUCAGAACUUGGAGUUAUUGUGAUAGAUGAACUUCAUAUGGUUGGUGAUCAACACAGAGGUUAUCUGCUGGAGCUAAUGUUGACAAAGCUUCGUUAUGCAUCUGGUGAAGGAAACUCAGAAUCAUCUAGUGGAGAAAGUUCAGGUUCUAGUAGCAGGAAGGCUGACCCUGCUCGUGGUUUUCAGAUUGUUGGAAUGAGUGCUACCAUGCCGAAUGUCGCUGCUGUAGCUGAUUGGCUACAAGCUGCACUUUACCAGACUGAUUUCCGACCAGUUCCGCUAGAGGAGUAUAUCAAAGUUGGAAAUACCAUUUUUGACAAAAAAAUGAAUAUUGUCCGAAAAAUUCCACCAACUGCUGAUCUUGGGGGUAAAGACCCAGAUCACAUUGUGGAACUGUGCAAUGAGGUUGUUCGAGAAGGUCACUCAGUGCUAUUAUUUUGUUCCAGUCGAAAAGGAUGUGAAUCAACGGCAAGGCAUGUCUCUAGGUUCUUAAAGAAAUUUUCUCUUGGCGGAAAUGAAGUUGACUGUGAGUUCAAUGACGCUUCCUCUGCCAUUGAGGCCUUGCAGAGGUGUCCUGCUGGCUUAGAUCCUAUAUUAGAAGUAACGCUGCCUUUGGGUGUUGCCUAUCAUCAUGCUGGCCUUACGGUUGAGGAGAGAGAGAUCAUUGAAACAUGCUAUCGCAAAGGACUUGUACGUGUUUUGACUGCUACAUCUACCUUAGCUGCCGGAGUUAAUUUGCCUGCUAGGAGGGUGAUAUUUCGACAACCAAAGAUUGGUCGUGAUUUCAUUGAUGGAACACGCUAUAGACAGAUGUCAGGUCGUGCAGGUCGAACUGGAAUAGACACAAGAGGAGAGAGUAUUCUUAUAUGCAAGCCUGAUGAGGUCAAAAGAAUAUCUGCUAUUCUUAAUGAUAGCUGCCCCCCCUUGCAGUCUUGUCUUUCUGAAGAUAAGAAUGGGAUGACUCAUGCAAUCUUGGAGGUUGUUGCUGGUGGGAUUGUUCAAACUGCAAGUGAUAUUCAUCGAUAUGUUAGAUGCACUCUCCUCAAUUCUACUGUUCCAUUUCAAAAAGUUGUAAAAUCAGCUCAAGAUUCCCUUCGGUGGUUAUGCCAUAAAAAAUUUCUUGAAUGGAAUGAAGAGACUAAGUUGUACAGCACAACUCCUCUUGGGCGUGCAGCUUUUGGCAGCUCUCUCACACCUGAAGAAUCCCUUGUCGUCCUAGAUGAUCUUUCAAGAGCAAGAGAAGGAUUUGUUCUUGCAUCUGAUUUGCAUUUAGUUUACCUGGUAACACCCAUGAAUGUUGAAGUUGAACCAGAUUGGGUUUUAUACUGUGAAAGGUUUAUAGAAUUAUCUGCGCUUGACCAAUCAGUUGGCAAUCGAGUUGGGGUAGUGGAACCUUUCUUGAUGCGCAUGGCCCAUGGUGCACCUAUGGCUUUUCAAGAAAAACUGAGGGGGAGAAAGAGUGUGCUGCAUGGCAGAAGGCAAACGCAGACUGUAGCCGCUGACACAAGCAUAAUUUUGAAUGAACAGACACUUCGUGUCUCCAAACGCUUUUAUGUUGCGCUAAUGUUGUCAAGACUUGUGCAGGAGGUCCCCAUUCCUGAUGUUUGUGAAGCUUUCAAAGUUGCUAGAGGCAUGAUUCAGGCCUUACAAGAAAAUGCUGGCAGGUUUGCUUUGAUGGUGUCAUUAUUUUGCGAAAGACUUGGUUGGUAUGAUUUAGAAGGCCUUGUUGCCAAGUUUCAAAAUCGGGUCUCAUUUGGAGUGAGAGCAGAGAUUGCGGAGCUUACUAUGAUUCCAUAUGUUAAGGGUUCACGGGCAAGGGCACUUUAUAAGGCUGGUUUGCGCACUCCUCUUGCCAUUGCUGAAGCAACUAUUUCUGAGAUUGCAAAAGCUCUUUUUGAAUCAUCUGCAUGGGCUGGUCAAGAUGAUUCAGCCUUUCGUCGCAUGCAUUUGGGAGUAGCUAAGAAGAUAAAAAAUGGUGCAUGUAAAAUUAUUCUUGAUCAAGCAGAAGAAGCAAGAGUUGCUGCCUUUUCUGUUUUCAAAUCACUUGGAGUUCAUGUUUCCUAGUUUUCAUGACCUCUAAUUUCUACCAUCAUGAGGAUAGUUUUGGACAAGAUAACUUUACCUCUUCUGGUUAAGAUGCUUUAUCAUGCUUUGAUGGAACAGAAGCUGAGAGGGACACUCAUCUUGCUGCUUAGCCAGAUGCAGAUAACACAAGUAUUAGUUGUGAUUGUACAUAACUGUAGCAGCAUUGAUCCUGAGAGUUAGUAAAAGCUUCUGCUGCAACCAGUGGUUCUCAUAAAUUAAGUCAACAUGAUAUGGGAACGUCAGGAGAUUCUCCAAUUCGAGAAUCAGCAGCUGGCCGUGAAAAUGGUGCUCCUGAUGCAGCUUUAGGUUAUGAUCCAGAGGGAGCAGACAAGGGCAGAGUAAAUGAAUCCAACUACAAUAGUGGAGACAUCUGAUAAAGGCCCUGCUAAUGCCAGUAAUUUUACUGGAGGAUUUGAUUCCUUUUUAGGUCAAUGCGGUGCUGUUGGAGAAUUUUGUUUUGAUGAUCAUUUCUUUAAAUGACUGGAACUGCAACCUUCCAUCAUGUUCUGAGUUGUUGGCUUGGCCAUCUUUUGUGAAAAUUCACCAUGUCAAUUUUUUAGAGGAUCUGGGGACUUCUGGCAAACUAAAUAUAUGUGACAUCUGGGUGGUUGCUACAAGUAAUGGAAAAGGAUAGCUAAAAUUAUGGGACAAGAUGGGGUCAGAAAAAUAAUGAUAUUCGCAGUAUUUAACUCUCUUUUGAUCCUCCUUCCUGACUAUUAUCAAACUUAAGAUAUGCUUAUCGUUUCAAUCGUUUCAGUAAUCAAAGAGCACAGAACCUUCACAAAGCUUUUAAACAGGACACCAGGAUCAAUUUGUUAGCUGGCUCAGUUGUGUAUGAAGUUCCAAAACAUACAAUACAGUGGCAUUGUUUUCAGACCUCAACAGCUACAGGACGUCCUUUUUCCAGUACGUUGAGCAUUUAGUAAUCUUCACAACCCAACAUUAUGAUGGAAACAGCUUGAGUGUAUUGGAUGUCAGUCGUCAUCAGAUUAAUGCUCAUCACUUCUUUAUCCCUACAAAAAACAACUGGUUGCUGCUAACAGCUGACUACUCCCAAAUAGAACUGCAAUUGAUGAUUCAUUUCUCCAAAGAUUCUGCAUUGCUUGAACCUCUAAGCAAGCCAGAUGGUGAUGUUUUCAUCAUGAUAGCUGCAAGAGGGACAAGUAAGCUGGAGUCUGCCAUUAGCUCUCAGGAGAUGGUGCACAUGAAAGGGUCAAUAUAUGGCAACAUGUACGGGAUGGGAGCUAAAUCCCUUGCGAGGCAACUAGAAUGCAGCUCACAAGAAGCUGCAGAAGAAAAAUCAAAGCCUCAAAGCAUCUUUUCCUAGCGUUUCUGCUUGGCUCCAUGAAGCAGUUGCAUCUUGUCACCCUAAAGUGUACAUGGAAACAUUGAUGGGAAGAAAUGCCUUUUUAUCAAAAAUAGAGUUUGGAAACCGCAAAUAGGAGGCUAAAUGUCAGAGGCGAGCUGUAAACUCAAUUUGUCAGCUAGCAGAAGAGCAUUUAGUUUGCAUUUUAAUUGUGCUUUCCAUGAUUUAAAAGAAUCACAUGGCGCUUUCCUAGGGCUCUGCUGCCGACUCACUACGAUAAUCAUCCAUUCUGUGAUUGCCUAAGGAAAUGAGCCACUUAAUCUGGACACUGGAAUUCCAGCAAAAUUUUUCUACAUUAAAGGACAGUGCUAUAUCAUUUUACAGGUUGUUUAUCAAUGGAAAGUAUACUAAAUUCUUCUUCUGUCUUUUAUUCUAACUGCUUAUAUUUAUUUUAGAGCUCACAUGCUUUAGUAUGUUUUGAGUGAUAUGAUUAUUGUAACCUUUGCAAGAAAGGCUCA